AUGAGAAUUUUCAACCUUACCUUUUUGUUACUUACCAUCUUGGUGAUUCUCUCUGCUGUGGACGUUGGUGAAUGCGCAGUUAUCGAUAAAGUAAGAGCAGUAUUCGAAAACCUUCCGACCUUCGCUGAAAGUUUGAAAAGAAUUGCACAAGCAGUUAGAAAGAUCAGAGAAUCAAAUGGUGCACCAGCACCAGAACCUGUACCUCAAGAUGGAAAGUGA